CAACCUGCUGUUAGUAAACAAUUUGCCGUAUUGCUUUUGUUGGUGCUGCGAUGGCGCUUGGCGACGUCGGCGUCGCCUCGGGCUGCUCUGGCCGUUCCAUUCAUAUUAGCCGGCAAGCAGUGGCUGGGACUCAGUAUCCAAUCGGACGUUGCUCGGUGCACAGUCUUCGCCUUUCGCCAGCAAAUCGCAAAAAUAAACGUGAAAGCUCUUAAGUGGAGUUGUACUAAAAGCAAACAACAUUUGGUUUUAAGUCAUUCUGGGUUUGUGAAGGGUUAAAAUUUUGUAAUUAAUUUACUGCCAGCAGAUUUUGACACAUUCGAAACAAAGUUGUGUGUAACUUCUACAAUAUAAUUGCACAGCAUCAAUUCAUCAGUCGAGCAAACGCAGUGUCCGUCGAACGUUAAUCAAGAUGCCGGAGUUGACACCAGUUCAGGAGUACUAUAAGGACAAGACCAUAUUCAUUACUGGCGCCUCUGGUUUUAUGGGCAAGGUUUUAGUCGAAAAACUGUUGUACUCAUGCUCUGCUUUGAAGGAGAUCAUUAUCAUUGUUCGUCCAAAGCGCGGAAAGAGCCCCGAAGUUCGUUUGGAGGAGAUGUUCAAAUUGCCGAUUUUCCAGCGUAUACGAGAGGAGAAGCCGGAGGUGCUGAAGAAGGUCACUAGUUUCAAUGGCGAUGUCACUUAUGAAAAUCUGGGUCUCAGUGGUGAAAACUUGAAAUAUGUCACCGACAACACGAAUAUCGUUUUCCACAUGGCGGCCACUCUCAAGCUGGAGGGCAAUUUGAAGGACGCUAUUGACAUGAAUACAACAGGCACGCGCCGCGCUCUGGAUAUUUCCAAACAAAUGAAGGGUCUUGAGGCUUUCGUACAUGUGUCUACUGCUUUCUGUAACUGCGAUCAGGAGGUUAUGUAUGAGAAGGUCUAUGAAUAUCCACACAAACCAGAGGAUCUCAUGCGCAUGGUUGAAUGGAUGGACCUUAAGACCUUAGAGUCCAUCACGCCUGAAUUGCUCAAACCCCAUCCAAACACUUACACCUACUCAAAGCGUUUGGCUGAGAUUUUGGUGCGUGAUCACUACGAGACUAUGCCGGUGAUUAUAGCGCGUCCGAGUAUCGUGUCGCCAUCGGCGUAUGAACCCGUACCCGGAUGGGUUGACAACUUGAAUGGGCCCACUGGUCUCUUGGUGGGCGCCGGUAAAGGUGUUAUACGUUCGAUGCUCAUCGAUACGCGUUUCAAAUCUGAAGUUAUUCCGGUUGAUUAUGCUAUCAACGGACUUAUUGUUAUGCCUUACGAGUUUAAUACACAACCAACGCGUCCGGCUUCAGUGCCUAUUUACAACAUCACCGCAGCGGAACACCGUAAAAUGCAGUGGGGUGAGGCGAUCGAGAUGGGUAAGAAAAUUGGCUAUGAGUACCCCAUGGAGUUGUGUUUGUGGUAUCCGGAUGGUUGCAUCACCACAAAUCGAUUGCACCACCAAAUUAACGUUAUACUCUUCCAUUGGCUACCGGCAUACUUUAUUGAUUUUAUAUUAUUUCUUCUGGGUCAGAAGCGAUUCAUGUUACGUGUGCAGCGACGUAUCCAAAUAGGCCUCAGUGUGUUACAAUUUUUCUCGUUGCGCGCGUGGGUGUUCAAGUCAGAAGCAUAUGACGGGCUGUGGAAAUCACUCACGCCAGAGGAUAAGAAAAUUUUCAACAUGGAUAUGGACCCCAAGGAGUCGGUUGAAGAGUAUAUGCUUUCCUGCCUGCAUGGCGGACGUCUAUAUCUCAUGAAAGAAACGCCGGAGUCACUGCCACGUGCACGUCGCAAUCUAAAAAUCUUAUACGUUUUGGAUCGGUUCUGUAAGAUAGUGAUAAUCGGCAUGUUGGCCUAUUGGCUUUAUAAUCGCAUAGCGUCAUUUAUCUCCGUUUAAAGUUGUAUUUCUUUAUAGUGGCGUGAGAUUAUAAUCAUGUAGCAAGGAGCAUAAUGAACGGAUUUUUUAAAAUUAUAUUUACAGCGCUGAAUUUUGAAUUUUUUGCUUCAAUUCGCUUUACAUGCACGAAAAGUACCUAAUGGUUAUAAAAUAUUUGUUUGUAUAUUUAUAGGUUACAUUGUUUAGUUCUAAGCCACUCCAUCGUACAUAUGUAUGUACAUAUAUUCAUAUAAUACUUGUGCGAUGCUUUUGUAAUUAUAAUAAAAUAAAAAUGCAUAUUUUUAUGCGAAUUUAUUCUUCUGGAUUUUAUUCUUCAACAGCUCCAGGCAGGGUGUUAUCAUUAUGGAAUAGAGAGACAGAAUUACGGAAGUAUAUACUAUUCAAUAAAUUAAAAAUUUGAAAUGAUUUUUUGAAUGUUAGUAUAAAUGAGGGUUUCCGUAUGUAAAAAAAAAUAACUGCAGUUAUGAACUACAUAUUCUCCCUUCUGAACUUAAUUUAGUAAAUUAUGUUUAAAUUUAUACAAAAUAGCUGGAGUUUUAAUGAAAUCUGAAAAUUUACGGAAAAUUAGCUCAGUAGACAAAAUUAGACCUUUUAAAAUAUGUAAAACUACAGUAAAAGUAUAGAUUUUUUUUAAGUAUUUAAACUUGGAACAACGUAAACUUAAGGAGAAAGUACUUAAACUAUCAUUUCAAUUUCCAAGUUAUAAUAUUCUUCAAAUUAAGAAUGGUAUCAUACUAUUAUUAUUAUUAAAGCUUUGUCUCUGUCAUAUUUCGGCAAACCACAGAAAAUGUUUGCAUGAAUAUGUCAACUACUACCGUAUCUAGUGCGACCAGUUCCAGAAAGCUGUUUUAUGCAUUUUGCGAACAAACUUCACUCCUACAGAUCUUAUGCUAAGGACUUUGACCUCUUUGACAGUACACAUUUCAGGAAUAUCAAGUUGGCCACGAAGUUUGUAAUACCCAGAAAGAAAAAACGGAGAACCGACGCCCUGAGUUGAUUUAACCAUACCCGUCUGUCAGUCUGUCUUUCUUACAAAUUUGUAUGGAAACUUUUUUAUUUGUGAAGGGUUUCUAGCUUAGGUGUAACCGAAGUUCCUUGUUCGAAUUAUCCUUCAAAAAACCCAUUCGAAAUAUUUUAAUUUGACCUUGCUUAUAGCACUUGUGACCAUGCUUAUAGCAGAGCGCGAUGUUAAAUCGUUCAUAGUAGUUUUUUUUAAUAAAAUUAUUGAAAUUCUUUUAGAUCACGAUAUACUAAAAAUAUUCGGUGGAAUUGUUCAAACGAUUAGGAUAGUUAUUUUCUAUUUCGUUGAUUUAUAAACUAUAUAAAACCGUUAAAUUCUAUGGGAUCGUAUCUGUAAUCCAAAAUAUUUGCCUGUGCAUACUCGGUCGUGGGUUCAAAUAAUGGCUCUAUAAGUAUAGAAAAUGUUUAAGCUAUUGCAUAGCUUCUAUCGAGGGCUUGGAGCGCGGGGACUGAAUCUAGAAAUUCCGUAACGGAAAUAAACCUAACACGAUCACAAAGUAAGCG